AUGGCGGACUCGGCCUCCGACGUUGAGGAGCACUCCAAGGGAGGCGGAGCUCUGCAGACGGCCAAGGAUCUGUUUGCUGGAGCUGCCGGAGGUGUAGCUCAGGUCCUGAUCGGACAACCCUUCGAUAUCGUCAAGGUCCGGCUGCAGACCAGCACGGCCUACUCAUCCGCCCUCGACGCCGCCACCUCCAUCUGGAAGAAGGAAGGGCCCUUGGCCUUCUACAAGGGCACCCUGACGCCGCUCGUCGGCAUCGGCGCCUGCGUCUCCAUCCAGUUCGGCGCCUUCCACCAGGCCCGCCGCUGGUUCGAGGCCGCCAACGCCGCCAAGUCGCCCGCGGCCGUCUCGGGCGGCGCCGCCCUGCCCUCGCACCCCACGCUCUCCUACGGCCAGUACUACGCCGCGGGCGCCUUCGCCGGCGUCGCCAACUCGGUCAUCUCGGGCCCCAUCGAGCACGUGCGCAUCCGGCUGCAGGCCCAGCCCCACGGCGCCGGCCGCCUGUACGCGGGGCCCCUCGACUGCGUGCGCAAGCUCGCCGCGCCCGCGCCCCUGGGCGCCGGCUCGGCGCUGCGCGGCCUGUACCGCGGCGAGGCCGUCACCGUCCUGCGCGAGGCCCAGGCCUACGGCGUGUGGUUCUGCACCUUCGAGUGGCUCAUGAACUCGGACGCCCGGCGCAGCGGCGUCGACCGCAGGGACGUGCCCGCCUGGAAGGUCGCCCUCUACGGCGGCCUCGCCGGCGAGGCCCUCUGGCUCAGCAGCUACCCGCUCGACGUGGUCAAGAGCAAGAUGCAGACCGACGGCUUCGGGCCCGAGGGCCAGAGGUACAAGACGAUGCGCGACUGCUUCGCGCAGACGUGGCGCGCCGAGGGCAUGAGGGGCUUCUGGAAGGGCGUCGGCCCCACGCUGCUCAGGGCCAUGCCUGUCAGCGCCGGCACGUUUGCCGUCGUCGAGUUCACGAUGAGGGCGAUCAACUGA